CUCGCGACACUGGAGCGCUCCCGGGACCCGUCGCGGCGUCCGGGUGGGGCGGGGACGACGGCGGUCACGGCGGCCGUUCCGGGACGAUGCCGUCCCCUUUCUCAGUCAGCGCGUUCCCCGUCAGCAUUCCCGCCGUGCUCCUGGACACAGAUUGGACGGAGCCGUGGCUUGUGGCACUGGCUGUCUUUCACGUGCUCAGCCUGCUGCUCACCUACUUGUCCUCUCGGAAGUACCAGGUGCAGGUGGGACACUUCGUGUGCCUGGUCAUCCUAGUCUAUUGUGCUGAAUAUAUCAACGAAGUGGCAGCCAUGAACUGGAGGUUGUUUUCAAAGUACCAGUAUUUUGACUCCAGGGGGAUGUUCAUUUCUCUGGUGUUCUCCGCACCGCUGCUGUUCAAUGCCUUGAUCAUUGUGAUCCUCUGGGUGCGCAAGACUCUGACGGUGAUGACCGACCUGAAGAACUUGCAGCAGAAGAGGAGAGAGAGGCAGAGGAGCAGGAAAGAAGAGUAGCCGCCGAGCCCUCCUCCCGCCGCACUGUUCCCGAGUUCCAGUGUCUGCGCCAUUGAGCCCUCCCCGGCUCAUGGCUGUGACCUGUCCACACCACGCACACUUGUUCUCUGACUCUCAGACCCUAAGACUGACACUGGCUGGCAGCCUCAGGAGCCGAGCUGCCUUUCCCUCAGACUGUGACCCGAGCCCUUUGUCCUGUGUCCCCGCGCCGUAGAGU